AUGAAACAUAUUAUAAAGAAGGCAUCCGUACUUACUCUGCUACCACUUAUCGCCGCAGCCGCAGCCGCAGCCACCUCAGCUACCUCAGUUGAUAAUGCAGAGACUCCUGUGGACACUGAAGGCCCAGCACAUUUAAAAUCCUUUUUAAUGUCCAUUUCUAUGAUUGGGCUUUCUGAAAUUGGUGACAAAACCUUUUUGAUUGCAGCUUUGAUGGCUAUGCGUCAUCAACGACUUUUGGUGUUUUCAGCAGCAGCCACAUCUCUUGCGAUAAUGACUGUUUUGUCUGGUGUAGUGGGCCAUUCCGUUGUUGCCUUUCUUUCCGAGCGCUAUACAGCAUUCUUGGCUGGUAUGCUGUUUCUGGUGUUCGGUUAUAAAUUGACCAUGGAAGGUUUGGAAAUGUCUAAGGACGCAGGAGUUGAAGAAGAAAUGGCCGAAGUCGAGGAGGAAAUUGCAGUCAAUGACAUCAACAAGGGUAUGGACGAUGUUGAAAAAGGUGGUGAAGCUACUCACGCUAAACAGUUGAGGAACUCUUCGACAGUUACAAAAUUUUUACAUAAAUUCCGUGAACUAGCAUCGUUUAUGUUUUCACCAGUUUGGGUUCAAAUAUUUUUGAUGGUCUUUUUGGGAGAACUAGGCGACCGUUCACAAAUCAGUAUUAUUGCCAUGGCUACUGACAGUGACUAUUGGUUUGUUAUUGCAGGUGCCGUUGUUGGGCAUGCUAUUUGCAGUGGUCUAGCCGUGGUAGGUGGGAAACUAUUGGCUACAAGAAUCAGCAUAAGAACUAUCACUCUUGCUAGUUCAUUUUUGUUCUUCAUUUUUGCUCUUCUUUAUAUUUAUCAAGCAUUCACAAUUUCAAAUUGA